CAGCACAAUCCGAUAACACAGAGCAGAUCAAUAAAUCACCAUCAUGCUCCCUCCAGCUUUCCAUCGGAACAUCACGCAACGCUUCUGUCCCAGCGCGCGCGGUCUGGAGACCAGACAAGGGAAACCGUCCAGACGCGCGUCGCUGGAGUUUUUGGUCCUGUAUGCGCAGACUGCGUUACGCCUCAAAGGCCAGAUCAUGUUAUGAACGACACCAGAGAAUGUAAAGGAACUGAGUGCCGUCUGCCUCUUAGGACACGACCGAACCCCAGACCGAGACCCUGUGCUGGAGAUGGGUGUGUGCUCGGGACCAGCCAGCCUCCCCUCAUCCAUGUGGCAGACAGAGCCGCUCAGUUUCUGGGGGAAUUUCCGGACACUGGAUAUCCUGCAUCAGAGAGUGGGGCUCCUCUGGGAGUUCAGCUCACUUGUGACAUCAAACCAGGAGAGAAUGAGGUCCCUGCCGAGGACGCACUUAUCCUGCAUCUACAGCUGGCAAAGGGACAAGAGAAGCUGGUGGAGGCUUUGAGAGCUCAACAAGUAGUGAUCCGGGAUCUGCAGCAGAGACUGGUGGAACAGCAGGGGGCCCUCCUCUCCCAGCAGCGUGAGAUACUCGACCAGCAGCGCCGCAUGUACGAGCAGAUGGAUGUGGUGAAGGCUCAGUACGGUCUGCUUUCUGAGACUGUCAAGCAGUUCUCGUUCAAAGGCUUGCAGGGAGAACUGCAAAGCCAUUUUGAAAGCCACCUGGCCGGCCUUCAGAGCCAAGCUCGUACCCACCUGCAAAAGUCCUAUGCUGUGCAUAAGGUAGAUGUGGAUGCCAAAGUGGUGAAUGUAGUUGGAGAUGCAGGGCACCCAGUGUUGGGCUGUCAAAUUGCUUGUGGGCCUGAAGAAUACUGCAACAUCCAGAAGGAUCCACCGCAGUGUGAAAGCUGCACUAUUUGUCCCCCUGGAUUCUUCCUGGUGUCACAGUGCUCCCCCAAUGCUGAUAGGAUGUGCCAGCAGGACAGGGAUGAAUGCCUAGAAUUACCAAGCCUGUGUGGAAAGCGAGUAAAAUGCCUUAAUACUCCAGGUGGGUUUCGUUGUCACGGUGUCUCUGAGAGGGAGAUGUCCACAGGGCUGUGUGGUCAUGAGUACUUCUACAAUCAAGAACUUCAGGAGUGCCAGGCUUGUUCAGACUGUGAUGGCGAGCCUGUUGGCAUUCCUUGUACUUUCACCAGUGAUGCUGUAUGUGGAACUGUGACUGAGAACAUGCUCUCGCAGUCUUGGAUGGCUUCGAUUGCCAUACCGCCUACAAAGUCAAAGAGCACUUCCAUCUAUCCAGGGCUACAGCUCAAUAUCCGUGGCAAAGCAGGAAACAACCUGUUGACCAACCAUGAUGAUUACCUCAACCUCCAACAACAUGGACUGGUCUGGAUAGACUACAACAUUGCACUAAAGCAUAGCUGCAGGAACUUUCUCCAAGUCGGGAUAUGGAUAAACGGCAGUGAAGAGGAGGGUAGAGACCUCAGCGGGGUUCGAAUUGAGCAACCUGAAAGGAAGUUCUUCCAGGGUGUGACUGUAAGUGCAGCAGUUGAGGUGGAACCCAAUCAUACUCUGACAUUCGUGCUGAAGAGUCCCAACCAAUACUGCAACCAGAGUAAAGAUAUUCAAGCCUAUGAGCUUGGAGGAGCUUCGUUCAGCUUGCUCUGGCUAUCCCAUGACACCGGCGCUGUGGCCAUGACUGCACAGAUGUCCACAGCAGCCUACUACCAGAGUAACUAUCGCCCCACCUUCCGUAUAGCCACUGUCUCUGAUCCCUACAUAGUGGCUCUGACCCAUGACAGCCGUGGGGUUCGUUUCAUGGAGACUGGCGUGGUGAAGUUUGUUCUCCAACAGGCCAUCUAUUCAAUGGGCCAUUCUUGCGUUCGAGACGGUUUCACACUGAUUGCCUACAUCAACAGAAAUGGCACUAACCAGGAGGUGCUACGCUCCUUCAAGUCUGGCGUUAACUACAGAGACACCUCCAUCAACCUUUCUGGGGCCACAAGGGUAGAACGCGAAGACUGGCUCAAUUUUGAAAUUGUCGCCCCAUCUCAGUGCAAUGUCCGCUACUUUGGUGACAGUUCUGGGAUUAGUAUGCUGAGCUUGAUAUGGAUCCCUACCGCUGUCUCCUCCAUGUUCACAGCCACUGUCUCAAGAACAGGUCUACCUUCUGGGGCAGUGCGAAAUAAACCCCUGCUUUUUAGGCAGAUGAGCCCAAAUACGGACCAAAUGCGACUAGCUGGGUCAGGUGAGCCGCAUGCUCAGAGGAACUUUGUGUUUUCGGAGGUCGGGACGGUAAGUGUGGCACUCAACCUAAAACUAAUCCACUCCUGCAGUGUGGUCAAGCUGACCCUUUACCGGCAAGGUACAGAUGGAGGUCAGGCCACAUCCUUGGCCCAGCAGGUGGGUGGACAUAUGCCUGAAGGUAGUGAGUGGGCCAGCGUGGGGCUGAGAACUUCUUUUGAAGUGCAGAAUGGUACUGCUAUUUAUGUUUCUCUGGACUGCAUUCGUGGCCGGAUCAACCAGAUCACCCAUGAGGGCGGCACCAACAUCUCCAUUCUUUGGUUGGCAUCAUGAUCCCAAGUAUGCAAACUUAGAUCUAAGGUGCCAUAAUCAACUGAAAAAAUAUUUUGGAAAAAUUGGUGCUUUCAUAAGACAAAGUAGAGAACUUUAAACCGAUCGACUUUCCAAAAAUGGUUCAUUUUUAAUAGAUGAAAUGCACAGGUGCUAUUAAUACUCCUCUGGCAUUCAGAUUCUAUGUUUAUUGGCAUUAUGUGAGGAGCAAGGAGGGAUGUAUUUACAUUUUUUUUCUUGGCUAGAACAAUGAACUUAUAUAACCUUUAAAAAGUACUUUUUCAGUGCUUUGGCUGGUUGAGCAGUGACCAAUUUUUCCCAAGGGAGUAAUCCAUGUAAAUGUGUGCAUACAGUAUUUUGUGCAUGUUUGUAGAAAUUGUGUUUGUUAAAGAGAAAGAAUGUAUAUUUGUAAGCUGAUGUGAUGAUUUUGCUGCACUUUAUCAACACUGAGGUGCAGUAUGUUGUACAGUGCGCAAUUUUGUGUUUGCCCUUUUGAAACAACUGGGAUUCAAGUAAUAUAGCUUGAUUUAUAUGGAAGAUUAGAAUUAUAGAAAUAUUAUAGAAAUUAUAGAAAUCAAAAUAACAAUGUAAUGAAAUCAUUAUGCAUCUUUCAGCUCUUGAAUAUUUAUAUUUAGUACUAUGAAUGAAUACUGCUGACCAUAAUGUCCUGUCAUUGUAAUUUAUAU